AGCACCUGAAGGACAACGCACGCGGCCAUGGCUCACAGCCAGCAGCCCUUCAUGAAGGAGGAGAACCAUUUAACAAACUUAGUCCCUUUUUCGACGAGCUCACCCACCUUGUUGACGAAAGGAAACCACUCCCUGAUAUCUUUUUGAAUCUCUGUACAGCUUUAUUAUUUCACACCCUUUGUCUUUUCUCUACCAAAUAUCCAGCACACAGCUAGACAGAAACGUUACGCCAUGGGGCAGCAGAUGGCUGAUGGGCCGGGCCCCAAGGCUUCUGAAGACGGGGAUCCAUCAGGCUGCCGGCCUGCAUCCAUCCUGCAGGUCCUUCUGCUGGCAGCACCGGCCGACACAGCAGGUGAAGCCGCUGCGGCAGCAACACCCCCAGUGCGCCAUCUGCUUGGAGGCGGUGGAGGGACGCCCCAGCUACAACACCCUCAUCUGUCCCUCCUGCACCAGCGCGCAGUUCCACCACCACUGCAUCCAGGGCCAAGCUCUGCGCGCUGCCCUGCACCACUUCCGCUGCCCGCUCUGCCAGGACAUGCAGGCCUUCCAGGCUGAGAUGUUUCGCCUCGGAAUCAAAAUCCCAGACAGGUCAGCACCCACGGCCCUGCCACCGCACGGCCCCCCACCCUACGACCUCCCCUUGCACUGCACAAACCU